GCGGAGAUCACCUCCCGGCGCUUGGCGGCUAGCUCCCUGGUUGAAAACUUCGCGGCAGCAGCGUCUAUGCAUCGCUCUGCGGUUGCCAGUGCGAAGAGUGACCUGCGCAUCAUCAAAACAAGCAUAUCUCCAACGCCGCCCACCACUACCUCGAGCUAUCUUGCUUACGCCUUGCUGUGGCUAUGAUUGCAGACAGCUUGUUGCCAUAGCUGAAAUCAAAGUCGAUCACCAAUGCCCGCGUGACGGUCUCGUAAAAUACUCCCUACAGGUAAGUUCAAUCAAAGAUUCCCUUAAGUUUUCUUUUUUGCUUUUCAGUGUGUGCUCUUCGUUUUUUCCCCUCCAAUUCAAUGGCCUCCCUUCCAUCUACCCCUAAACCAGCAUCCGCGCCCAAACCUGCGCCCGAUGAAUCUCGGACGCCUGGAAAAUGGCGCCACCCCCAUCUCGAUGAGAUUGUGAAACGCCAAAAUGCUGCGAGUUUUGGAGAUCGAAAUAUCAAAAAGCUUUUGUGGAAUGGCGCGGCUCUAGCUGCGACUUGGGUCUUCGGGAACACUGUCCGAUCAUAUACACUUCGACUGCAAAGCUUCGAUCAGUCAUCCAGCUAUUCCGAUCUUCCUCUUCUCAUUCUGCGACUCUUCUUCGCCCUGAAUAUCCUCGUUGCACUGUUCCCUCUCUUCCGACCAAAAGACGACCUCUCUGAUAUUCCUCUCACCCCCACACAACGUUCACUUCUCGGGCUUGAUCCCUCAGCCACACCACCCCUCACACCGGGAACUACAUACGUGACCCCACCGAGGUACCGUCUUUCUGCAUCACGGACAGCCAGUCCGGCGAGCAGGAGUGCAUCGCCAUUGUCGACAGGCACAAAUAUGUCAGGACGCAGGGGUUCGUCGAGCACACCCUUCUCGCCCUCUACCAGCCCAUUACUUUACAAAGCGGUUUCAAAUGGAAACAGAGACAAUGGACGGAGGCAAAGCUUUGGGUCCUCCUCGCCAUUUGGUCGGAGCUCUCCCUUUAAAGAAUCGCUAAUGCCUGCAACACCUUCACCAGUAGGAGGCAAGCGAGUGAGUCUCGGGUUGAGCAAUAAAUGGUUGUAUGAGAGGGGUAGCAGACGGUUGUCUGCAAGCAACGGGACUCUUUGAUUCUUUUGUAGUGUGCCAUUGAUGCGACUGCAAGGGGUGGUGGUGUAAAUCAUGUUCUUGACAGAGAACCAUUUAAAAUUGAAUCCAACGCUAGAAAUAUCACGCCGAAUUAUUUAUUUUUUUACAUGAUUUCUAUGGGUCGCAGUGCCUUUGGUACCUGAUGAAACAAGUCACUUUAUUAUUGGAAACGCC